AUAAUAAUUUAGGCACUCUUUUCUUUUCUCUGACAGAUUUCGUUACAUUGGAAAGCAAUCGAGGGAACACGAAAUCCCCAUCUCUCUUGAUCGUUCAUCGUUUCCAGAUUAUCGGUUCUCUUCUCGGAUCGCUCUCUAUUUUCGUCGGCUUCCCAGAUCAUGAAACAAGAUUCAAAUAUGGAAGCUGAUUCUGCUCUGCCUGAAUCUGCGGAGAAGGAAGUUGGUAGAACUGAUGUACAGAAAACUGAGGGAAAUGUUGAAGAGCUCUCAACAGAACAUGAAGAUAAGAAGAAAGAAGCAGCGUCUUCGGCAGUGCAAGAAGAUAGCAAAAUGAAAGAAGACUUUCCUACCGAACAAGUAGAUGACAUGAAAGAAGCUGUGACUGAAGUUGGGAACACGACUGAAGCUGAGAAGUCUGCUGAAAAGUGCAUUGGAGAAGGGUCGCAUAAAAAGAAAACUGUAAAACAUUUGAAGGUAAAACGAAAAAUUAUAAAGAAAUCCCCAGCUAGCGGUAUGUUGAAGAAAAAAAAGGCACAGGCUGAGCAGGAAGACGACAAAAAGGAAAAAGAGGUUCCUGUAGCUCAAGAAGUGGGAGAAACUCUUGAAGCUCAGAAUCCCACUGCAAAUUCCAGCAAACCAGCGUCAAAGAUGAAGAAUAAUAAAGAUUUGAAGGUGAAAAGGAAAAUUCUGAAGAAAUCUCCAGGCAGCAGUCAACAGACUUAUAAGCUUCAGAGUAGUCCUAAGGUGCAAGUCAGAAAGAAACUGGAGAAUAAUAAGAGUGUGUUGCUGGUAAAUGGGGAAGGUAGUGAAAAAAAGGUCGAAGAUAUUGAGAAGGCUAACCAAAAGGAAAAUAUUAAUAAAAGUAUCUCAAAAGAGGAGCGUAUGGAAAAGGGUGAAGAGACUUUUGCUAGGCAUAAACGUAAUUCUGAGCUUAAAAAUAGAAUAAAAGAAGGGAAGAAUAUAGAGAAGGCUGGUUCUUCAGAUAAGAGCAUAAAAAAUCAGAAAAGGAAAGAAAAGGAUAGAGCGCAAAAGAGUCGAAGAGAUGAUAAAAACAAAGAAAAUCUUGGUGGAUUGAUUUUCAUGUGCAGUGCAAAAACGAAGCCAGAUUGUUUUCACUACAACUUAAUGGGUGUUUCUGCUGGCAAACUGGAUGUUGUCUUGGCAAUCAAACCUGGAUUGAAGCUUUUUCUCUAUGAUUUUGAUCUCAGGCUUCUAUAUGGAAUUUAUGAAGCAUCCUCUUCCGGUGGCAUGAAACUUGAGCCAAAGGCUUUUAAUGGGGCAUUCCCUGCUCAGGUACGGUUCAAGGUUUACAAGGAUUGUUUUCCACUACCUGAGAACAUUUUCAAGAAGGCUAUCCAAGAGAAUUAUUAUGAGAAGCACAAGUUCAAAGCUGAACUCUCUGUUAAACAGGUUAGGAAGCUCUCAGAUCUUUUCCGACCAGUUGGACUUCACUCGAGUUCUGCUCCUAUUCGGUUCCAUCCAGAGCUACUAACUAGGGAUAGAAAUGUUCAUGGGGAAGUUAAAGACAUUCGGUUUAGUAACUCUAAGUCCAAGGGUGGUGAUGCCAGGAAAUACCAUUUGUCAUCUCAUGGAAGGGAUCGACAACGAAAAGAGGCACCUAGACAUAGAGAGGAAGUUCCUCGUGAUUUUUACCUAAAUGAAAAGGACUAUCGAACUUAUGAUCUCCGGGAAGAGAGAAGAAAUUUAGAUCCUGUGCCUCGGCCUUCUUUAGAAACAUACCACAGAGAUCAUGAUAGGGACUAUCAAGUUAGACAUCUAGAGCUCAGAUACAGGGAUGAUGUCUCUGCAUACGCACAGAGGGAAAUAGUUCGCAAGGAUCAUGUAUACUUUAAUGGAAAAGAUUAUCCAGUUUACAGUAUUGAUUCUAGACCACAAAUAUCACCUCCUAGAUCAAUAUCUGCUAGUGGUUCAGAACGCAAUGCUUAUGAUUUGAUUUACACUCGUCAAUAUGGCCUUCCUUCAACCAAUCCAUAUCUGCCUCCUUCAACCGAUCCAUACCUGCUUCCUUCAAUGAGGGACAAACCAGCCGCCCCUCCAACUUAUUCAAGAAGUUAUGUUACUGGUAUUGAGCCCAUGAGACAUGCCAUUGGUGCUCCAUCACAUUACAAUGAGAUGCAUCUUGACAAUGUGGGAAGUGAUAUGAUGCCGGUUUCAUCACGGUACUCAUUUCCAGGUCCAUCAUUCUCGUAUCGCUAACUGUAGUUUCCAUUUUUAAGGUUCGGCUGGAAUUCCGAAUUCCAUGUAGCACAUGAACUUCAUUUGAGAAUCAAAUUGUCUCAAACUCUCACUGUGCAGUUGGAGUUUAUCUUACCUUAUUGGUAAUGGGAAAGUGGGUUUUGGCUGUUAUUGGAUUGCUGGUGAGUGCUUACUUGGAAGAUUGCUCUAUGAACUGGCGAUCUUAAUCGUUGUUGCACCUCUUUCCGAUGCGUUGUUUAGUUGUAACAAUAUGGAAGAAGACAGAAUUUGAGGAUGGUUACAAUUAGAUUUGAUGAAAAUCUUGAAUCAGUUAAAAAUGUCUAUAUCGACAUUAUUUACGUGGCACAAUCGUUUUAUUUCUAUAACACUAGCUAGUUACG